CAACAGGGAUGGAUUAAAAAUCAAAAGCAUAGCACCUGUUAUUGAUACUUAAAAAUCAGUAGGAUAUUAAGCAACAAGAGAUUUAGAAGAUUGAGCCUAAUUUCUGAGGUAUGUUAACUGUUAUUAAAUAUUAGAUUUAUAAUCAUAUGUAUGUUUUAGGAUUUGAUUCUCUAUUUAGUUAAUACAUGUUUUAAUCUGACCACUCAAUUUACAAAAAUGGAGUAUCUGCUAUUGUUAUCUGUCUGUUCACAACAAAAUUUACUCCCAGUGUAAAACUUUUCUCCCCAAAACAUUUUUAGUGAAAAUAUUUUCAUGUAGUGAAGGCUCAUGGUUGUAUGUGAAAUGUUUCAUUGUGAUUAGUAGUGUGUAGUCUCUUUAGGAAAUUAAAGAGAAAGAAUCGAUAAUAGGUGCUAUGUCAGUAUGUUAAAUGCAGCUUGGAAAUGAUUGGUAACUUCACUAAUCCUUGGGGACCAGUUGAUAAGGAUACAUGGCAAAAAAAUGUCCAUUUGGCCAUCUUGAUUAUCAACUGUACAGUGUUGCUUGUAACGUUUUUUGUAGGAAUUGCAGCCAACCUUUUUGUCACGUAUGCUGUGUAUAAUCAGAAAUCCCUCCAGACCUCCACCAAUGCACUGUUGGUUAAUCUCGCAGUUAUAGACCUGCUGCGAUGUGCUACUGACUGUCCAUUGCUCCUGGUUGUCGUCUUGAAUGUAAACAACACCAGAGACCUCGGGGACCUUCUCUGUGAUGGCCAGGUGAUGUCAUUUUCCCUCAGCUGUUGUGUCCAGUUGUUCACUCUGGCAAGCAUUAGCGCUGAGCGACACCAAGCCAUUGCGAAUCCAUUUAAGGUUGCUGAGCGAAGAAAACGAGUUAAAGUGUGGAUCCCGCUCACUUGGGCCAUGGCCAUUGUGGUGUCAGCCCUGUGUGUCAUAUUUGCCAAAGACUCCUCGGUCUAUGUUCAAUGUAGAGCUUUGCAUUGGGAUGCUGUAAAGACAUAUGGCUCAUUUGGACGUUACGUCUUGUUGCCUGUAUGGUCUGUGUGCUUGGUGCUUAUCGUUGGGUUUUAUUUGCACAUAUUCAUCCUGGUCAAAGCACACAACCAAAAGAUUUUUGACAAGGGCACUUCUGCCCCACCUUACCAAAAAGUUCUUGAAGGCAAGACUAAAGUGCAAGAAGCUGUGGAAACCAAGGUCACCAUUGUGACUGAAGCAGUGACACAGAAUGAAAUUCAUGAUACACAUUUCAUGCAAGAGGCAAAUAGGCCAGAACAUGGUACCAACCCACGUAGCAGAGGUCAUGAGAGCCAAAAGACUAUUUUAGCUGUUGCUAAAAGUCAACCUCUUUUUAUCGACACCAAAACCUUGCUUGUCAAGACAGAGGAGACACUUGAAUAUUUAAACCAGCAAAGUCUGAUUCUUGUUUCUGAACUUCACCACAACACAACCAAACUGAUAGAUCUGGAGAAUGGGGGUGAGAAUCCAGGUGAUCCAUCUAAAGAGGCUGAGAAACCAAACUCUGACCAGGUUCCCCAAGCAGCAACCAAAAAACAAUUUGUGACUAUUGUUUUAGAAAUGCAAAACCACAAUACUGAACUAACAGAUCCAAAGAACGUUGAGAGAAACCAAGGUGAUCCUUCAAAAAAUGAAGAGAAACCAAACUCGGAGCAGGUUCCUCCGAAAGCAGAUGAUGCUCAAACUGCUUCAGCAGGCCAAACACUGGAGAUAAUUGGCGAAGUGUGUAUGAUGCCAUCCUUUGCCAACAAGGACAGGAGCAACAAGAAGAAAGAGAGCAAGCUGGCCAAGCGCUCUGGUUACAUUAUUCUUACUUUCAUAGUCUUUUGGAUGCCACUGAUUGGGACAGUGCUCCUGAACAUGUUUCUGAACAGAAAUCAGAUCUGGGAUCUCAUCGAGGAAGUCGAACUCCUUGUGGUCUCCUUUGCCUGCAUGACAUCCCUCACCAACCCGAUCAUUUACGCAGUGGUGAACCCUCAGUUCCGCACAGAAUUCUAUAGCCUAAAAGCGAGAUGUAAAGCAUGGUGCAGAAAAUAACGCUUCAGUCCAUCCAUGUCAAACUUUCGCAACUCUCCAAACCAGAUAUGUUUGUAAAUGCAACCAUGAAACACCUACUUUACUGGUUUCAGUAGGAGAAUGCAUGCAAACUUGAGUUCUGUAUAGCUUAACUUGGUAUCUGACCAUUUAUCGACUUUCUAUAAACAGAGUUACUUACAUCAUAUAUACAUCAUAUUUUUAUGAAAUGGUUCAGUGACAAUCUGGGAUUUUGAUUUUACCCAAAUCUGGAAAUGAACAGAAAGUUUUUUCAUUCUUUUACAAUUAAAAAAUUAAGAAAAUAAAUUAGCUAUUUCUAGAUCUUUAUUUAAAAUUAAGCAAAUUUGUGAUCUUGGGCAUAUUAACUUCUUUGUAGAAAUGGCUAGAUUUGUUCUCGUCUUAACUUUUCCAUUAAAGCAUGUGUUCAACCAACACACAUGAAUUUGGUCUAACAUGGAUUGUCAGGUUUUGAAAUCCAUGCUUCAGCAAAUA